AUGGAUGCCACAACGGCAGACAUGGCAGACAUUGAGUGGCCCACGUGCGGGACUAAGUGCCUCCAAACCGACUGGUCCGUGCCGAACCCGUGCCCGAGGACUACUGUAGUCUCACCCGACCCUAAAACCGUCACGUUGUGGGCUGCUCCAACUAUUCUUGUUAAGACUCUGCUUAGCAGAAUUUUUUAUUCAUUGGUUCAUAUUGGCUCGUGGUGGCAUUGGAAUUCACCUGCUGACCCUCUCGCCGAGUUUUGCGCUGUCAAAGCUUUAGAAAACCUAAAAGAAAAGCGCGACAUCAAAGCUGAUAAGACGUGUAGGUCGGAUGUGUCGGCGCCUGAUAUGGAGGUCUUGCCGGCGAAUUCAAUUUUCGCUAAAAGUUCAAUUUUUGAGCCGAGCCGAGCCGAGCCAGACUCAUUUAAUUUAACAGCACUAAUCAACCCUAAACUCGACCUAACUUUGACUGAAUAA